AGGGGAGGGGUGCAUGCAUAUGGGAGCGAGGUGGGGGAGUGAAUUUCCUGCGGGGAGCCUGUAUGCAUAUGGAGAGUAGAUUUCCUGAAGAGAGGGUGGAGGCGUAUGUCGAAUUAAGUUUCUCGGAGAGGCGGGGAGGGCGCGGGGGGGAGAGGACUGCAGUUAGAAGCAGAGGUGCGGGCCGAAGGGGUGUGUGCAGUUGCGAGGAAGGGAGAGAGACUAAGUUUGCAGCAGGAAAAGGGGACAUGCAUCUGGGGAGUAUGUUUCUUGGCGGAGCGAUAUUUGUUUACAGGAUGAGGGCUGUAUUGUAAGUGAAUAGCAGAGAGGGAAGGCGGCUUCUGUCAUAAAUUAAUAUUGAAAUUAUUCCAUCAGCGCAGGACUCCCCUCCCCCUCCUCCCCCCAGCCCAGACAGGUCUCCCGCUCGGAUUGCUUAUGCACUUGUAGCAGAACCAGCUAAGACGCUGGCUCCAGAGGAUAUGCUGAAAAGCCAACCUGCAUUAUACAGUAACAGUUGGCAACAGACUUGACUCCCUUUCAAAUAACAACCAGUAUGAAGAGAGCCGGAGAAAUAAGCAGAACCAGUUGGCCUCGUCACCCGCUGCCCGUAUCCCUUAAGCUCUAAACACUGACCUUGGGAAUGCCAUGCUUCUGAGCAUCCACAGUCCUUGAGCCAAGCAUGUCUCACUCCCAGAUUUUGGUACUCUGAGAGAAAAGAUCAUCCAGAAGAUCAAACGUGGAGGAAGGGAGCACCCUUCCAGAGAAAAGGUGCUCAGUGAGUCUGCUUGGUCAUUUUGCUGGAGGUUUGGCCUGGGGCCCGUUCGAAGAUGUGAAGCAGCCUCAGCUUGAGGUCAGGCCCCCUCCCCUCAACCUCCGUGCACCCCCAGUCCCCUCCCCCCGACCAACCUUCGGCCAGCUGGAGUCGCUGGGUCCCAUGAUGCGUAUUGAACAUGUGGGCUGUUGAGUGAGGUGAGCAGCCUCUCUCUCAGGCCAUCUCAGGGCUUAAACCACUUUAUAUGGUUUCUGUGCCUCUCAGCUUGGGACCAAGGUGUAAACCAUGGGGGACCAGCAGCAACUGUACAAAGCCAACCACACGGCCAACAGCAACGAGAACUUGUACUACCAGCCGCCGCCGCUGAAUCCCCUCUCCGCUCUGGGAGGCAGCUUAAACCACAACUAUGGGACGUCAGGGAUGGAUGCCUCCCAGGCCUCUCCCCUCUCCCCUCAUUUUCCCCAGGACUCAAGGGACAACAUGGCCCUGGGGGCCAAGAACCUCGGCUCGGUGGACGCUUCCAGACAGACGGGCUGGACUCACGUCGGGGCGGGCAACCAUGUCCCGGCACGGAACAGCCUCCCUAACCAGAACGUCCUGUGGAGCCCCGGAGGCCAGCCCGACGCCGGCGAGGGCUACCAGUACUCCUACUCCCAAGCCAACGAGAUCCGCUCGCAGAAAAUCACCAGCGGAGUCCUGCACAAGCUGGACUCCUUCACCCAGGUGUUCGCCAACCAGAACCUGAGGAUUCAGGUCAACAACAUGGCCCAGGUCUUGCACACGCAGACUUCGGUGAUGGACGGAGUCAGCGACAGCGCCCUCCGCCAGCUGCUGUCCCAGAAGCCUGCGGAGGCCCAGGCAGCCCCUCCGGGCCUGCCGAGGUACCAGCCAGCAGCCCAGCCGGUCCACCUGGGGUUCGCCGGCAGUCAGCAGAAGCACCCGGCGCCGGCGGGGCCUCAUUCCCAGCCGCACGUGUACUAUGACUACCAGCAGCACCUGGCCCAGAUGCAGGUGCAGUCAGUCCUGCAGCCUGGCCAACAGCAGCAGAUGCAGUCGCAGCAGAUGCUCCCGCAGCAGAUGCAGCAGGCUCAGUACUAUAUACAGCAGCAGCAGCAGCCGCCGGGGCAGCAGCGCAUGUCCAUGCAGGACAUGCAGCAGCAGCAAGCCAGGCAGCAGCAGCAGCCGCCGCCACGACAGUGCCCGCUACAGUUACCUCAGUAUUAUCAAACGCAACCCAUUAUGCAGCAGCAGCAGCAACAGCAGCCACAACCAAUGCCUCUCCAACCUCCGUCCUAUCACAGGGAUCCCAGCCAAAAGACUGUGCACGAAACCCACCCGUUCCCCCAGGACCAGACCCACUCCGUCCAGCUGAUCCAGCUGGGAGCCAUGCCUCAGUAUUUCUAUCAGGACCCUCAGCAGCAGCAGUACAGUCGGCAUUUGUAUCAGCAGAGCCUCCUGCAACAGCAGCAGCAACAACCCCCAGACGAGGCCCAGCAGAAGCAAUACCACAGCGAUGGCAGGACUCAAGCUGGGAUCAACUCGCACCUGGGUAUCGGACCCUCCGAGUCGAUGGAGGACCACAUGGGCCAGGAGCUGAUCCCGGUCGGGACCACCAUUCCCCAGAGACCCCUCCUGGCACAGUCCGGUGUCCAUCUAAGUAGCAAAGGGGCUCAGCAGCAGUCCCCAUCCGCCUUGUGGCCCCAGCAGAUGCACUUCCCGGAUGGCCGAACUCAACCCAUCUCCCCUGAGCCAAGCGGACAGUCUAAGGGAUUGUUUUUAGAAAGGCCCGACGCAAAGAACAGGUUAACGUGUUCAAUCUGCUUCAAGGAGUUCAAGAGUCUGCCUGCCCUGAACGGCCACAUGCGGUCUCACGGAGGGAUGAGAGCCUCGCCCGGCUUCCGACAGGAGGAAGGAGAGAAGGCCCCGCCACAGCCGCCGCCGCCUCCACCACCACCCCAGCAACCCCCCAAAGAGGUGGAAAGCCUCACUCCCAUCGUCAUGCCUGUGUCUGUCCCUGUCAAGCUUCUCUCGCCCGAGCCCAGCCCGCAGGUCACCGCCAACAAUGCUGCCACGGCCCCCAGCAGAGACAAGCCGGCCGGCUCAGUGUCGGAUGACGAGAUGCCGGUGCUCGUGAGGAUGACCUACUCCCCGCCCUGCUCUCCCAAAGCAGCCAACCCCUGCUCGUCUUCUGAAGUUUCCAGAAAACACCACCCGAGUGUACCCAGAACAGAAGAACAGACGAGGCCCCUGCAGGAUAAGAAAAAGUAUCGCCACCGACCUGAGCCUCUCUUCAUUCCUCCUCCCACCUUCAACCUCAACACUUCCUUCUCAGGCGCCACGUUGUAUCAAAGCCAGCUUCGCUCCCCCCGAAUCCUAGGUGACCACCUCCUCGACAGGACCCACGAGCUACCCCCCUACACUCCCCCGCCUAUGCUGAGUCCCGUCCGUCAGGGAUCCGGCCUCUUCAGCAGUGUCAUUAUCACAACGUCCCAGACUGGCUCCCACCCACAGUUGCCGCUCACUCCUCUCACCCCGACGCCCCGGGUCCUCCUGUGUCGAUCCAACAGUAUUGAUGGAGGAAGUGUGCCGGUCACACCAGGACCUGGAGAACAGACUGUGGACAUAGAACCGCGGAUCAACAUUGGGUCAAGAUUCCAAGCUGAGAUCCCUGAACUCCAGGACUUCACCACCGUGGAUAAAGACCCACACAGAGCAACAUUGGUGUGGAAACCCUGGCCAGAACUGGAAAACAGAGAUGUUCAGCAAAGAGUGGAGAAUCUCUUAAAUUUGUGUUGCUCCAGUGCCUUGCCAGGUGGAGGGACCAAUUCCGAAUUUGCUUUGCAUUCUCUCUUUGAAGCCAAAGGUGAUAUUAUGGCUGUCGUCGAAAGGCUGCUGCUGAAGAAGCCCGCCAGACUUAAAUGUCAUCCUUUAGCAAACUACCACUAUGCUGGAUCUGACAAAUGGACGUCCUUAGAAAGAAAGCUCUUCAGCAAAGCACUAGCCACUUACAGCAAAGACUUUAUUUUUGUACAAAAGAUGGUGAAGUCUAAGACGGUGGCCCAGUGUGUGGAGUAUUACUACACGUGGAAGAAGAUUAUGCGCUUGGGACGGAAACACCGGACACGCCUGGCAGAAAUCAGGGAUGACUGCUUGACUAGUGGAGAAGAGGAGGAUUUAGAGGAAGAGGAUGACCUGGAAGAAGAUAGAAAAUCAAUAAAAGAUGAGAGUGAGAUGCAGAAAUCUCCCGAGCCACCUCCCAUACCCCUCGUUGCCCCCAUGGAACUGCCUCCACUUCAGAGCCUCGUGCAUCCUUCAGUUUCAUUUAUCUGUGAAAUGCCCAACUGCGGUGCGGUGUUCAGCUCCCGGCAGGCCCUAAAUGGACACGCCCGCAUUCACGGCGGCACCAACCAGGUGACCAAAACUCGCUGUGCCGUUCCUCCCGCCAAGCAGAAAUCAGGGAGUCAGAGUGGGUACUGUUCAGUGAAGAGCUCCCCGGCUCACAGCACAACGAGUGGUGAGACGGAUCCUACCAACAUCUUUCCUUGUAAGGAAUGUGGCAGGGUGUUCUUCAAGAUCAAAAGCCGCAAUGCUCACAUGAAAACUCACAGGCAACAGGAAGAACAGCAAAGGCAAAAGGCGCAGAAAGCUGCCGUUGCAGCCCAGAUGGCAGCCACCAUUGCCAGGACUACUGGGCCCGUUGGCCAUGGGCUCAUUCCCCUGGAUCACUUGAGUCUAAUUAAACAUGUGGAGGAUGUCGAUAUCCUCGACGAUGAUGUCGUUCAAGAGUUAGGAGGGGUUAUGGGAGAGACUGAAGUCGGGGAAACUGAUCUCCUCCUGGAUGACGAAGAUACAGAUCUACUUCCAGGUGACACUGAAUUGUAAAUAUACAGCUGUCUCAGACAAUGCAGGCUUACUGCGUUACAUCCCUGAUUGAUCAGGAAACCUGGACUGCCAGUUUCUAGUGCAGCAAUUUUACACGCUCUGUUUAAAAAGUGGUCGCUUUCUAUUCAGGUCCAGACAAAAAACGUCUUUUAUCUUUUUUGAUUCAUUUGUGUUUGGGGGAAAUAAUAAAUAAUUGGCACAAGUAUCGUUAAGAGGUGUUUCAUCUGGGUUACGUCUUACAUGGUCUUUCCUGGCAGAUAGCGAAGGAGAACUUCGAGGUCACGUUUUCAUUUUGCUUCCAUGAAAAGACCCUAUGGCUCAGCCUUCAUAAUGGUUCUUUGUCCCAGAGCUUUUCCUGUCCUAGAGUGUGGUUGAUUUUAGGCUUGGACUUGGAUGACACUUAGCCAGGCAAGUGCGGUUUUUCUUUGGAACGCGUGACCUCAUUUCUUAGUUCGCAUCACACAGAGUGUCUUUGCUUGCAAACCCCCCCUUAGUUGGAAAUCCUGGAUUCUCUUUCGGGCUCGAUUGAGCCCUUGUAUUUUUCUUCUUAUCCAUCUUUUGGAAAAUUGACCAAAUGCAAAAAAAAAAAAAAAAGCUUUCACUCUCUCUGGCCUGCAGACAAAACCCAUCAAUCCAGUUGCAGAGGCAAAUGCUGUCUGUUUUCAAGAAUUCAAGGAUGAGGGCUCUGAACAAGGUACCAAUUUACACAUUGGCCCCUUGGCAGAACACUGCUGAUGAUCUUUGAUGUUGCUUGCUUCAAUUCCCAGGAGCAGAUUUCAGAUCCCGUUAAGUGGAUUUAUGGAUUAGACACUAUACAGGUAGAGUCUAACCUCUCUGCAUGCAUCUACGGUGGUUAGUAAACAUAUAAAUAAACCAAGCUUUGGAAUUGCCAGCCCUGAUUUGUAUUGGGGGGGAUUUCUUUCACUGGUACCUGAAGCUAGAGUAGCCGGUUUCCCAAGGGGAAAGUGUGUGUCUGUCCAUGAGUGAGUUUCUUCAAGUAAAGGGGCUGCAUGCAGGAAGUUUACUCCCUUAGCAUUAUUUCUUAAGUGUCAAAGGAGGCUUGAAAUAGGAAAUGGCAUUUUGUUGGGUUGAAGUGGACCCAGGACCAGCUCUAGCAGGAGACCUCUUGUUUCAAGUUUCCACCUUAAAAUGAAUUCCUGUUACUUCCCGUUCAGGUUUGCGCAGUUAGAAAUGAAAGGACACUUCUCACCAUUUUACUUCUUGAUGGGCAGACUUUGAAGACGACCUUGGUUUGUUGGAGUUCAGAUAGUUAAGCUAUUUACUUUUACAGUUCUUAAAACAACGGUGAAUCAUUUUUCUUGGAUAUUUCUGACCCCUGCAAAUUGGAGGCAGUCUAUCUCUGUGGAAUUGGGGUGCUUCUCCUGCUCAAGGGGAUUGUAACCUCAGGCAGGAUUAGAGCAGGAUGCCUGGGUUGGGUGGAUGGGCCGGCAGCACAGAAGCCCUCACGAUUAAUUGUCACCUCACGGCCAAGCAGCACACAAGCAACCUGCAGUGGCAAGCUGAAAAAGUUGGGAAAUGAUAAUAUAGUUCAUUUCGGUUAAUUCACUCGCAAGAAAUGUUUUUCAAGUCGUCUUUCCUCUCCCCUUCCAGCCCCACUUGCUUUUGAAAAAUGAAAGAGUAUAAAGUCGAAAUGUCUGUUACUCAAACCAAGGCCAGUUUAGAUGAUCCCCAGAAAGGUGGCUAGCCAAACAAAACUGGACCAAUGCCUGCCCAAACUAUUGUUCUUCAGUUAUCUUAAGGUUAAGAUAUCUGAACAGGGAAUGGUCCGAAUUGGUUUCGAGUACUUGGGGUUGAAUAUCAUUUCCUGACGUUUUUAGAUCGGACUUGUGGGUCACAAACUUUGUCUUUAACCAGAAUUUUGUUCAUUCAGGGCAUUCUGUAUUUGGCAAGGGAAGGAUACCUAACAUUUGAAAAUAGACUAUUCACGUAUUUCUUCAAUUUAGAAAUGUGCCAGGUGCCUCCAUUUUAUGAUUUUUGAGCUGGCUCUCUAAAGUAAAAUAGGCACCGGUGGAAGUUUUCCAUAGAGUAUAUUGUGAUACUGGUACAGACUGUGAUUUGAAGUAGCCAAAGAAUUUCACUUAAAUGAGAGGUUUCAAAUCCCAGAAUUGGUAUUUAAAGAUAAUUUAGACCUAAAGCAUUGACUCCAUAUUAAAAUAUUGCACUUAACUUUCUAUUUUUUUUCUUUCACCGAAGCAGUUCUGCCUUGCAUGUAUGCCGUGUUCUAGUUUUGGAUAUUUUUCUUUUGUUUUCAGAAUUACUUUUCUAAUGUUGGAUGUCCUCCACGAUGGUUGUUUACUUUCAAAUGUUCUCACUAGUGAAAUUAGUCCUCUUUGAAAAGCUUGUAUAUACAAAGUUAUCAAAUAUAUUUUAUGGGAAAACGCAUCCUAUUUUCAAGUUAUAUUUAACUGCUGUUAUAUUUUAUUAGAGGAAAGGUGUAAAUAUUUUUUAGGAGUUCUAUUGUAAAGAAAAGUAUUUUUGAACAGAAUUAAUGUAAUAAAUAUGAGACCUACAUUUUUAAAAGUAGUAGUUGUGAUUGGUUCAUGUUAUACCUUCAUUAUAUUCUGUCUUUAGCCUCAAACCUGCAUGGCUUUUAAUUUCAGGAUGUAAUUUAUUCUGGUUUGCACUGUAGUGAUUUGACUUCAUAAUCUCUAAUGUGUUUGUAUUUUUCCAGAAUGCAGUAUACCUGGUACAUAUCAGAAAGCACUAUGUAUAGCAUAUUCAAAAAGGUUUCUUUUGUUACAAGAAAGUGUUCUAUGUAUAUAAACAAAAGAUCUUAUGUAACAAGUUGGAUAAAAGAGGACAGUGUUUUCUAGUGAAUUUUAUACUCAAGUUUUGCUAAAACUGUUCUUUAACUUGUCAGUUUUUGUUAAGAUAAAAAAAUAUUUUAAAUUAAUAUGGUUUUAAGAGGAUUCAGGUUUUGAAAGUAUAUAUAUCUAUAUGGAUAAACAUUUAUAUGGAACAAGUAUACUUUAUAGAUGUUCUUUUAAAAGUGUUUUCCUUAAUGGGAACUCUGGGAGUUCCAUUUUCCCCAUUGAUAUUAGCAUUUUUAGCACAAGUAUUAUCUUUUUUAAAACGACCGUUGUUUUUUCCGAAAGAGAACAAAGAUAACUGCACCUUGACGGUCAGUAGCCUUCCCGAAAGUUGCAGGAUUUGCAACACUUUUGCACACACAUGUCAGGUAUUAUCAAUCCAAAUAUUCCCUCUGUAGGAUGGUGUCUUUGCUUCAAGGGGUUCACUCAGAUUUUGCCAAUGCAAAUAUCUGCUGUUUUGAAAAAUAAAUUGGUCUUUCCCUAUUUGUCUUUAAUUUAAUUAAAUUUAAUUUUAUGCAUUUAAUGGUGA